CGUCAGCGUGCUCACAUUCUGCGGAGAAGGGGCGCCCUCUUCAAAGAGACGGGAGAAACCAGCAUGUUAUGCAGGAGAAUAAAGAAAAAACGCCUUGUUUGAAUUACACCAAACAUCUGGGGAGUCACAAGGUGAAUGAAGAUGAUAUACUCCCUCUCACCCAGAUCCUGUUUUGACUACUGGGUUACUGUCUACGUUAUCUCGCAAAGAAGAGGCGUCAUCCUCAGCAUCAGCAGAACCACCACCUCCACCCUCACCUCCCCUAACCCAACCCCACCCCACCCCACCCCACCCCUGAGAUGUGCGGGGCCGAUAAGGGGUUGCAAGGCUUGGCACUCUGGCUGUAAUGCCUGUCUAAUGGACAAUCCCCCAUGAAUAUUAGAUAUGCUUCCUCCGACUCAGAAAUGAAUCGGGGAGAGUGAAAAAAGUUCACCCCCAGGACUCUGAAUAGUGUUUUUCUUUUCAAUCUCUGAGUUUUUAUUCUAAUGGCCAAACAAACUUUUACAAGUCUGCAUAAAACCUUUAUUUUAACAAUAAACAAAAAGAACGUGUUGUGCAAUAAGUGGCCUGCUUACAGCCAGUUUUAUACCCUAAUGCAUGUGUAAUCGUCCACAGACAUUAGCCAGAGUGUUGAUGGGUGUGAUGCUUCUCCCCUGCUCUCUGUUCUGCUCUACUCUGCCCCCCGCAUCCUCCUCUCCCUCUGGGCUGGGCUUGAGGGAGAGAGGGGGGUGGUGGGUGUUGUGUUGUGGGAGUUACCUGCAGACCCCAGUACCAGUAACGGCAGCAGCGGAGCAGACUGGGAAGAGCCGGGCUAUGAGUUUGGAUGUGCGGGCUUGUGUUCCUCAGAAGUGGAGUUGUGAGAGAGAAUGGCAACGGAUAUUAUUGUUGGAGUGCUCUAUAACGUCCUUUUGCCAACUCUGCUGCUUACUGCGAUAUCCUUCAGGUACAAUGGCAUCUCUGUGGUGUAUCUGGUCUUUCUCCUGACCCUGCCCCUCCUGCCCUCCCCUAGUAUACACACCAUCAAAGGGAAGACGGGCAAGUUCCUGAUGUUCCUCUGCUGCACCAGCGUCACCUUCCUGGCCCUGCAGUGUGGAAUGCAGAUCGCCUUCUCCUACAUCCCUAAGCAUGUAAGCGGGAUUUGGGACCUGGUUCUCUAUCAUCUGGGUAUCGUGAGGUUCAGUGAUGUGGAUGCGGGUAACGUGUUCCGGCUGCUGGCUCCAGACCUGGGCCUGACGUGGUGUGGCCUCUUCAUCUGGCGCCUCUGCAGGAAACUGCUCCGCCCACCGCCUGUCGUCAGCCUCCACGACAACUGCAUCAAGCCCUCGGACGAUGAGGAGUCCAGCGAGUCUGAGACGGAAGACGAUGACGAUGACAGUGACAUGGGCUCCACGACGGACAGCUCGGAGGCAAGUGGUGGGGCGCUUCCCCAGCCCCAGCCGGCCUUCAUCCAGAAGCUGGUGGUCUUCAUGGCCGGCCUGAGGCUGCUGAUUUCCUCAGUCAUGAACACGGCCGGGAAGGUGGUGGUGACCAUCCAACUUUGCUUAGCAGGUAUCGCCUUGCCCUCUCUGACGUCUAGCGUGUACUUUGGGGCCUUUCUGAUGUUGGUGUGGUUGUGGGUGUACAAUCGGCCGGUGUCUUUGCUGGCGUUCAGCAGCAUGUGUGUGAUGAUGACCAUCUUCAGUGCCGGACACAUCUUCGGCCUCUAUCUUUACCAGCUCCCCCUGCUGCAGGAGUGCAUUCCUCCGCACGACGUCUACGCAAGGCUGUUUGGCAUGACUGCCUUCAUCCUCACCAACUCCUCUGAGCCCCACAGACUGCAGCUGCAGCCAGACGUCUCGUGGCCCGUCUUCAUCAACCCCCUGCUGCUGCUGCUGCUCUACUUCACCCUGGUGGCGCUGAUGCACAAAUGGGUCCACAUAGACCCAGAGGAGGUAGAGGGGAUCGAGCUAGCUGCUAUGUGUGAGAUACCUCCUAGCUUCUCAGAAGUCAUGUCCCCAUCACCCACCAGCCUAGAGCCGUUUGAACUCGUGAUGAGCAGUAGAUGGGAGAAGCACAGCGUUCCAUCUCUGGACUCUCAGAUGUCCGACAUGCUGCUCCCUGAGUGUCAAGUGUCAGACAUGCUCCUCCCAGAAUGCUUUGCUCUACCUGUAUACAGACCACAAGACUACCUAAGUGAUGCAUCAGAGGAAGCGACGGUGGACCUGACGGAGCAGACCGAUGAUGUCAUAACGGGUGUCUCCGAGGCAACGGCCCCUGAGGAACAGCCUGGUGGACUGGCCCUCUUUGGAGCCUUCGUCCUGAAGCAGAGCUAUGCUCCCGCUCUCAUCAUCAUGAUGGUGUGGAGCAUCACCUACACGUCGUGGCUGGGCUUUGUGCUGCUGGUCUGGUCGUGUCUGAUCUGGAUGAUGCGUGACCGCCGCUACUACGCCAUGCUGAGCGCCCCCUUCCUGGCCGCCUACGGCAGCGGGCUGCUGGUGUCCAGCUUCAUCAGCGCCUUCCGGCUGCACCGCCACGAGCUCUUCCCCGGCAUACCCGCGGCCGUGCUCAUAGACUUCGACCUCUACGGCUACGACGCGCCCUGCGUUCACCUCGGGGUCAAGGUGGGCUACACCUUCACCUUCUGGAUGAUGCUGCACCAGCAGCUGAAGGAGAGAGCUGAGAAGAGCCAGCAGAACCAGGACCAGGAAAGCCCAGAGCUCAAAAGUCAAACACUGUUUAGUGGUGAGCAGCCGGUCAGUUUGGUGGUGGUGCUGGGAGGUCUGGUGAAGGGUAUCAUGGUGAAGUACUGGAUCUUCCUCUGCUGCUCCAUGUUCUUCGUGGUCAGCUUCUCAGACAGGGUGAUGGUCUACAAGAUCCUCUACAUCGGCCUCUUCCUCUUCUGCGUGGUGCUCUAUCAGGUGCACUAUGACAUGUGGAGGCGUACGCUGAAGCACUUCUGGGCCGUGGUGGUGGGCUACUCCAUGUUCGUGCUGAUUGCCAUCUACAUGUACCAGUUCAAGACCGUCUCGGGCCUCCUGCAACACAUCUUUGGCAUGUCUGUGGAAGGGCUGGGAGACCUGGGCCUGGAGCAGUAUGCAACGGUGGAGCUGUUUGCGCGUAUCCUGCUGCCUGCCUUCUUCCUGCUGGCCUGCAUCCUGCAGCUGCACUACUUCAACGCAGACUUCCUGACACUCACAGACCUCGACAACAUCACCGUGCAGGACAAGGCCGCCAGUGAUGAGGAGCUGAAAGAGAAAGUGAUGGUCAUUUCUAACGCACUCAAGAAAGAGCAGAUGAGUGCAGCAGGGAGCGUCGCUACUUUGGACAUGGACAAACAGUCAAUGGACAAGAAGAAGCUGUCUGUGGACAAGCUCUCUGUGGACAAGGACAAACUCUCUGUGGACAAGGACAAACUGUCCAUGGACGAUAGCAAAGUUUGUUUGGACAAGCUGUCACUGGACAAGCAGUCGGUGGACAACAGCAAGUCCUCUUUAGACAAUAGCAAAGUCUCUUUGAACAACAGCAAGGUGUCCUUGAAUGAGGACAAAUUGCUUCAGGACAAGGACAAGGUCAGAGUCUCCUUUGACAAGAGUAACGUAUCUUUUGACUCAGACAAGAAAGAAGACACGGCGGAGGAAGAACAGACUCCGGUGAACCAAUGGCUGCUGGUGGUGGAUCGUGCCUCAGUGCUCUUCCUGCAGGUGAUCCAUCUGCUGCACAGGGCGCAGGCCCUCUGCUGGCGCCUCCUGGAACUGCACAGCCUCAAACUGCUCUCCACCGGCAUCAUCUGGGUUAGCUUGCAGGAGGUGUGUCUGAUGAACUUUGUGUUCCUGGUGCUGUGGACGGUGGCUCUGCCCCUGCCUCACCUGCGCCGCAUGGCCUCCAGCGUCUCCAGCGUCUGGGCCUGUGUCAUCGUCGUCUGCAAGAUGAUGUACCAGCUCAACGUCAUCAAGCCACCAGAGUACUCCUCCAACUGCACGGUGGGCUUGGUGUCCAUCAAUGGCACCUGGUCUGUGUCCAACAUGGAGGAGCUCUUGAGGAAGUCCCUCCUGUAUGUGGACCCAGUGGACCCGGCCGUGUGGUUCGGGGCUCUCUUCAAAUGUGGCGAUCGCAUCCUACCAUGCCUCAAGAACCACCUGCUGGUCCUGGGCCUGCUGGUGUUUGACGUGACCAUCACCCGGCGGCAGCUGCACUACCGUCUCCGCAGCGACGUGAAGGUGCCGCCCACCAACACCAUCUUCCAGGGCGUCACGCGGCAGCACCUUGACCACGGCCUGCUGCCCUGCCUCAAGUACUUCAUCAACUACUUCUUCUACAAGUUCGGCCUGGAGGUUUGCUUUGUGGUGGCGGUGAAUGUGAUUGGCCAGAGGAUGGACUUCUUUGCGCUGCUGCAUUCGUUCGCCCUGAUCGCCGUGCUCUCCCACCGCAGGAGGAAGGCCAUCGGGGAGGUGUGGCCCAAGUACUGCUACUUCACCGCCGGCCUCAUCGUGCUGCAGUAUCUACUCUGUCUGGGCUUCCCGCCCGCCUUCUGCUUUGACUAUCCAUGGAGGACCUCUGCUGGAGCACUCACCUCCAACCUGAUUAAGUGGCUCUACCUGCCCGACUAUGCCAUGCAGCCCAACCCUGAAUUCAUUCUCUUUGACUACCUGCUGCUGCUGGUGGCGUCUCUACAGUGGCAGGUGUUUGAGGAGGAGAACAGGGCGGCGGUGCGGCUCCUGGCCGGGGAGAACGUGGAGAUCAGCCGCUGCCUGGACCCCUCCACCCUCAACCAGUACACGCCCGUCUCCAACUACCUGCACUGCAGGUCCUACCUGGACAUGGUGAAGGUGUUUGUGUUCAGCUACUUCUUCUGGCUGGUGCUGUGUCUGAUCUUCAUCACGGGCACCACGCGCAUCAACAUCUUCUGCCUGGGCUACCUGCUGGCCUGCUUCUACUUCAUGCUGUUCGGCGGCCAGCUGCUCAUGCAGCCCGUCUGCUACGUGCUGCGCCUCUGGGACUGGCUCAUCGCCUACACCUGCGUGGUCAUCUGCCUCAAGAACCUGCUCUCGCUGGGCUCGUGUGUGUACGUUGGCAGCUUGCUGAAGAACGGUUGUUGGUUGAUCCAGUCCUUCAGCCUGUUCUGCACCAUCAAAGGAUAUGAUCUCCCUCCCCCAGACGAUGACUGCGAGCUGCCUGAGGGCGAGGCGGGUAUCGUGUGGGACGCCAUCUGCUUCAUCGUGCUGCUGGCCCAGAGGAGGAUCUUCCUCAGCUACUACUUCCUCUACAUGGUCUCCGACCUCAAGGCCUCCAAAAUACUCGCCUCCAGGGGUGCUGAGCUUUUCGAGGCGAAAGUGAAAAAGCGUGUAGCAGCCCGACUGGAGAUGGAGAAGAAAUCUGUGGAGGCAUUAAAGAAAGAUAUGGAGAAAAUCAAAUCCCAACAGAAAGAACCAAAGGAAAAACCAACAGACUUGGAAAUCGCAGUCAGUCCAAAGAAAGAUUGUGAUGGAGGGAAAUGGUGGAAACCCUGGCAAUCGCAACCAGGUGUUGGUGACAAUUGUGGCUAUGAGUUGUUUGUGAGUGACAGUGAGGAGGAAGAGGAGGAGACACAGGAGCAGUCAGAGGAAGACAUCACUCCCAAGAAGAAGUCCGCUUUUCAGCUUGCGUACGAGGCGUGGGUAGCAGGAGCCAAAUCAGCCCUGAAGAGGCACCAGAAGGAGGAGACCAAACUGAAGAAGGAGGAGAGACGCCAGAUGAAGAAAGAACAGCAGGAGAAAGGACUGUUGAGAGCUGAGUCUAGUGAAGACGAACUGGAGGAGACUGAAGACGAAGGAGAGGAAGAGAAGGAAAAAGAGAACAUUCUGGAGCGCGUCAUCAGCACCUUGACUCUGCUGUGGGUCUUCCUCAUGUCCCUCAUGGAUGACCUCACCUCAGGACUCAACUCCUUCUGCAAAGACAACCUGGACAUCUCUAGAGUCCUGAAACACGAGAGAACCUUGCUGAGCGAGCAGCAGAAUAAGGGGCGAAACGUGACCCAGGAGAGUAUCCGGCAGUACUAUCGGAGCUGGAUGUCCCGACAGAACACGCAGGCCUCCCUGUACCCCACUGAUGACCUAGGGCCACCCCCCUCCUCCCCCCCAGCCAUGCCCACCUCCCCCCGCAGAUACUCCAAACUACCCAGUGCCGGGUCCAGGAUCUCAUGGGGCAGCAGUGUAUCCAGCUGCAUGACUGAUGAGACGAUGCUGGGCUCUCGGCAGCCCACUCAGGAGGACCUGGACGACGUGCCGCUGCCUCCUCCUCCUCCAGCGAGGAGCGCCGGGGCCCAGGAGCUACGCCGCAAGCUGCUCAAGGCGGCCUGCGUAGACCUCAGCUCCUUUGACACCGAGUACCAUCCCAGAGAUGCCGUGGAUGAGGAGAGUGACUCCUUGGAAGAGGACGGCUGUGUUGAGAGGAGCAUUUCCCUUGAGGACGAUGAGGCUUCUGAAGACAGCGACUCUUCUGAAGGAGAGGAUGGAGAACUCAAACACCUGGGUUCUGCUGAAGACAUGGAUUCUGCUGAGGAGGACGGGGCCAUUGAAGUAGGCGGUUUUGUUGGAGAUUCAUCUGAAAGUGAGCGGCUCAUUGACACUGAUGAUGAAGAAGAGGAUGAUGAUGGGAGGAAGGUUGAACUAAGAGAUGACGAGGAACGGAAGGAGUUCAGAGAUGAAGAGGAGCGGGAGGAGUUCAGAGAGGAGCAUAAGCAUCCCCUGGAGGUGGAGUUGGAGUCGUGUGAGAAAGAUGUGGAAGAGGACCCCGAUGAAGACAUCCCAGAGCCUGGGGCCCUGGACGAGAGGACACGAGCCCUAACAGCCAGCGAACUCCUGCUGAAUGACAUGUUCCACAGCCGAGAGAUAGAGGAGUCUGAUAAGUUCUACCACGCGCUGCCGCGGCCGCUGCGUCUGCUCUUUGCCCUCUACAACCUGAUGGUGUCCCAGUCGGAGAUGCUGUGCUACUUCGUCAUCAUCCUCAACCACAUGGUGUCGGCCUGCCUUCUGUCGCUGGUGCUGCCCAUCCUGCUCUUCCUCUGGGCCAUGAUGUCUGUACCGCGCCCCACCAAGCGCUUCUGGAUGACCGCCAUCAUCUACACCGAGGCCAUUGUGUUUGUGAAGUACUUCUUCCAGUUUGGCUUUUUCCCGUGGACCACCUCCACAUACCGUGGCAUCAAUGCCGAGCGUCCGUUUGCGAUGCCCAACAUCGUGGGCGUGGAGAAGAAGGACGGCUAUGUGCUGUUUGACCUGAUACAGCUGCUGGCACUCUUCUUCCAUCGCUCAAUUCUCAAGUGUCAUGGCCUCUGGGACAACAAGGAGGUGGAGAUGCCCGAUUUCUUCAAGAAAUUGAAGAAGAAGACAGAGAAGAAGAAGAUGAAGGAGGGAGGAGCGAGGAGGGCAACAGAGGACAACAGUGACGCGCCACGCAGAAGGUUUCCCUUCCUGUCUCAGCGGAGUCUUCCCACCUCCGCCAUCUUCCAGAGAUGGAACACCAUCACCAGCUCAGAGGGUAGUCGCAAGGCAAAGAGACGCCAUUCCAAAAAGAAGAAGCAUGUCAACCGUGUGCCCUUGACCCGUAAGCAGCGCAUCCGCAAAGCCAUCAGAGAGAGGGCACUGGUGGUCAAAGCUGCUCUUAUCGAGGUUGGCCUUCACAUAUACCUUCCCAUCAGGCAGUUCUUCUAUGACAUCAUCCAUCCAGAGUACAGUCCUGUAUGUGACGUCUAUGCCCUGAUGUUCCUCAUCGACGUCAUCAACGUCAUAAUUACUACUUUUGGAUACUGGGCCUUUGGGAAACACAGCGCUGCAGCAGACAUCACUGAGUCGCUGGGGGAGGACCAGGUUCCCGAGGCCUUCCUGGUCAUGCUGCUCAUCCAGUUUGCCACCAUGGUGGUGGACCGCGCCCUCUACCUCCGCAAGACCCUGCUGGGGAAGUGCGUCUUCCAGGUGGUCUUGGUGUUCGGCAUCCACUUCUGGAUGUUCUUCAUACUGCCCGGGGUGACGGAACGGAGGUUCAACAGGAACUUUGUGGCACAGCUGUGGUACAUGGUGAAGUGUGUGUACUUCGGCCUGUCCGCCUACCAGAUUAAGUGUGGCUACCCAAACAGAGUGCUGGGAAACUUCCUCACCAAGAACUACAACUACAUCAACCUCUUCCUCUUCCAAGGGUUCCGGAUGAUUCCCUUCCUGACGGAGCUGCGUGCGGUGAUGGACUGGGUGUGGACGGACACCACCCUCAGCCUGUCCAGCUGGAUCUGUGUAGAGGACAUCUACGCCAACAUCUUCAUCCUCAAAUGCUGGAGGGAGUCAGAGAAGAAAUAUCCACACGUCCCGGGCCAGAAGAAGAGUAGAGUUGUCAAGUACGUCAUGGGAGGCACAAUCAUCUUCAUCCUUAUCUUCACCAUCUGGUUCCCCUUACUCUUCAUGUCAUUGGUCAAAUCUGUGGCUGGAGUGACCAAUCAGCCUUUGGAUGUCUCCAUUCAGCUUAGCAUCGCAGGAUAUGAGCCAUUGUUCACCAUGAAUGCCCAGGAGCAGAACUUACUGUCUUACUCAAGUGCAGCUUACAGCAAACUCACCAACAAAUAUGCCACUCAUCCGUCUGCUAUGCAGUUCCUGGUGAACUACAUGCCUGAGGAUAUUGUGAUAGCAAAGAUCAAGAGUGACGCUAGCCUUCAGUGGAGCAUCAGUCCAGCCAGCAGAGACGCCAUGAUUUUAGAACUGAGCAAUUCUUCACAUGUUUACAUCACAUUGAAUUGGAGAUUGUUAAGAAAUGCUAGCAUCUCCAUGAACUUUGAGACCAUGGGCGAGUACACCAUCAAGUAUGAAGAUCCAGCACUGAUAGAUGACAUCGUCCAGAUGUUGAAAGGAAAUCACAGCAGUGUUGUGGUUCUAGAAUCUCUGUUGCCAAAGUAUCUCCGUGGGCCUUCAGGACCAGAAUCAAAGAUGGCUCAUCGGCUCAUUGUGGACGACCUUGAUCCAGACGAUGUUGCAGACUACGCUUUCUUCCGACCCCUGGCAAUCAAGCUGAGGCAGACCAAUCAGAGCUCAGAGGGGGUGGUCCCUCAGUGGUGGGUGGUGGAGGAGUGUAUCCCAGGACGUCAGCCAAUGAAGUGCCAGAGCAUCCAGCUGCUCAUCUUCAGUGACAAAGUCAGCCCUCAAAGCCUCAACUUUUUAGCAGGAUAUGGGAUUGCGGGCAUGUACCUGUCGGUGGUGCUGGUGAUUGGGAAGUUUGUGCGCGAGUACGUCAACGGCAUCUCUGGAGGCAUCAUGAGAGACGAGCUGCCCUGCGUGGACCGCGUGCUGAAGCUCUGCACGGACAUCUUUGUGGUGCGCGAGACGGGCGAGAUGGAGCUGGAGGAGAAGCUGUUUGAGAAGCUCAUCUUCCUCUACCGCUCGCCAGAGACUAUGAUCAAGAUGACCAGGGACAAGAAGAAUGACUAGUGUAUCCAGGUGCAAUUCUGUCUUGGUCAAGGAACUUCUACAAGCUGUUGAGGCAUGCCAGGGAGGUUCCUCAAGGAAAUCAUUAUGGUAUUGGCACAUGUUUCCUACUUUAAGUCAAACUUAACUCCUUACUGAAGAACAAAAACAAUGUCCAUGACGUGGAUGAAGAAUAGAACAAGAGGUCAUCUGGGCCCCUGAAAAAAAACAACCAUUUGUGUUCAUUUCCAUGUCAUCAGAGCAAAGCUUUGAUUUUUUGAAAAAGCACAUGAAGUGGACUACAGUCAAAGGAAUGUUGUGUCACAGAAGAUUUCCCUGGGCAGAGAAGUGUAACUUUCUACAUUUUUAACUGUCUUAUUGUCUUCACAAUAAAGAGUAGAUACAGGGCUUGUACAACUCAAGCAUGUGAAAGGGCAGUUGAUAAAGACCAAUUAGUAUGCAUGGAAAUAUAAAUAUCACAUUUGAUGACUAUAUAGUAAUAGUAAAAUACCCCUGAUGUUCCUUGACCCCAUUCGCAAACUAGAAAUCCACUCAGAGAGUGCAGCCCUCAGCCAAGGAAGCUGUUUGAAAGAACAUUUGACUGUUUUGUUUUUGUGGAGUCACAGUAGAAACAGGAUUGUCAAAUUGUGCCCUAUCCCACAAUGGUGAAGAAUUUUUUUUUUUAAAUCCUGGAUCUGGAUCACCACAAAAAUUUAAUCACUAGUUAAUUUUGUCAUUUCCAACAACUCCACAAAAUUUCAUGAAAAUUUGGAGUUAUCCUGCUGACAGGCAAACAGACAGACAAACCAAUGCGACCGAAAACAAAACCUCCUUGGUGGAGGUAAUUAACCAUAUGGUUAAUCAGCUGUCCAUGUGCGAUGCAAACAAUUGCAAAUUCUGAAACCUUGAUGAUGUCAGUCACAUUGAGCGGUGUGCCCUUGUCAGCCCUUGAUAACAAGCCUUUAAGCCAAAUAAAUUUAUACUUUGGUCAUGUGGUCAUCACUCCGACACCUGGAAACCAUAGUCCAGUACAAGAUGUGUGGAGAACCAUUCGCUAUUAAUGUAAAGACUUGAAUAAGCUGAGAAGCACAUCACUUGACUCCAUCUCCAUCACCACCACCUCAGUAAAGUUUAUGAGCUCUGUUUCAAAUGUGCUCAGUUUCAGUAGAUUAAAGGUUCACACUGUUUUCUACAAUUGUUAACAUGUCAUUCAAGCAUUCUAAAAAACAGAUUAAACAAUGCACCUGUGAAGAUGCUCCUUCAUGCAGGUUAUGAUGAUGUCCUGUUGCUUCCAACUAAAUCCUAUUUUAAAGAUGAUGACUAAACACCCAAAAGUUACCUACAGAGAUAAUAAAAUUGUGACGUACAUCACAAAGACUGAACAUCUUAAGCGGCUAUCGGAAGUAGUUAUAUUCCAUUAAGGUUCAUUUUGGUUUAUUUCAAUACAUGUCUUUUAAGUACUUUUCAGCUACAGUUUGAUGAAAAUAAAAGAAUGGCAUGAAAUGAAUAAAAUUUGUUUCAAAUGUC